AUGGACGUUCUUGAAAUUAAUGCAACUCAUUUGUUUUGGUAGGUAUCUCCUGAUUCUUCUGUAUAUUUCUCUCCAAGAUCAUGUAAAUUUUAAUACUUAACAAAAUCAAUUGAUUUUCCUCCAGGAUACUUAAGAACUACGAAUACAUUGAAGGAGCUUCAGUAACAGCGUCUUCAGUACUAGAUUUAGCAUUGGAUGCUGGAUUAAGCAUUGGCUCGCUGACAUUGGGUCACUGCGUACGCAAGAUUUGGAAAACGAAAGUAAAGAGCCACAGACGCGAUUCACCUAAAAAGUUAUAUUACGAUAAUAUUGCAUUACGUUCCCAUGAUUGGGAGCCGAUCACUGAACUUAACAACACAACUUUGGAAAAAAUUAUCGUAGUAUGUCUAAAACAUCAUGGUUGGUUUGUUGCGUCUAGUAGUUUUGACGAUCAACGAGUUGUGUUAAUGAAAGAGCAAACGAACGACUUACGAGUGGACACUCGACGCUUAAUAUUUCAAAUUAUUGUGCAGUUGGGUUCAGAGGAAGACAUCAAGUUCAGCACAUAUGGACAAGAGUUAUCGAUGAGCCACAGCUAUACACUCGAUGAGACCCAUGUCUCUUGUUCAGCUAUUGAUAUUGUGAUUAGUUUCGUUGAGACAGCGACACCAUGCUUGGGACAGCCAGUGCCAGCAAAUACCAACGAGUUCCUUAAAUUUCCUGUCUCUAAUUCUAAAGUAAUUUCUCUCGCCAUACCUGCAGCUGGAACAAUGCAGAAUGAGACGCGACUUGUAUCUCUCUCUUGUACUUUUCUAUCGCACUCUUGUCCCAAUCCUAUUACCAAUGUUAUUACGUGUCACGAAUGCUCUUCCGUAUACAGGUUAUUUAGAAAGAGAGAGUGCAAGAGGGAGAAGGCUAUGGGAUCCAAGGUAUAUAAUUUGCAAUUGUAAUGUAUCUUAAUUUAAAGUCCAAUCGUUGAAAAAGCGACAUUUUAUCAAGUAGCAACAAGUAUAUUGCAUUUAGCCGUUGUCUGUUCAGUAAUAGAUGUGCAGAUGACGUUAGAACGUGGUAAGAACAAAAAUUGAUCACGGCUCUAGACCAAUAAAAACACCUAAAGUAUUUUAAUUAUUAUAUACUAACAUAUUGUUUUCACAAUAUAUAUGUAGAAACCACCGCAUAUCAAAUGCAAUCAAAUCAACUUGUCCAGAAAGGGCCUGGAAGUGAAGGUGGAUAAUCAGAAGGAAAAAAUGAAGAAGGAAUUGAAACGACUAAGAGAAGAAUCUGAAGAUGGUAUAGAGUUCGUAGAUGAAGAUCAUGCAGAUCUGGUGGAAAUUGUUAGCACAACCGAGACAAAAGACAUGCCACCGGAGAUGAAGUUGUUAUGGGAAAUUCAAAUGAAGCAGCUUUCUGCAAAAUCUGCAAAUGGUCAUCGAUGGGAUCCCAGGUAUAACAUUACAUAACUAUUUCUAGCGCUUAGAUAUUCCAACCGUUAUAAAAUAAUCUAUUAUUUUCACUGUAUUUCUGUACACAUUUGUAUCUUUGCCCUGUCACAAUGUGGUAAGUCUACGCAAAAACAUUAACAAAAUGCAAUCUCGUUACUCUUUCAAGCUUUUAUGUUGCAUUCUAUUGACUACUUACAUUCCAAAUUUUACAAUUAUUAGGAUUGUGAGACUUGCCUUGGAUAUUUAUUGCAAGAGUCCAAAAUCGCUGGACUCCAUGCGUGAAUAUAUCAUACUACCAAGUAAUCGUCUUAUCAGGUAUAAAUUACUGUUAUACACAUACUAAUUUUAAGGAUUUUCCACAUUCAAAAAUAUUUUCGGAAAAUUUGUGUUCUGUUGAUCCAGCAACUCGAUCGUCAUUCCAACAUGCUGCCUUAAAUUCACGUAAUUUAGGUAUUACAAAAAUUCAGUAGCCCAAAAACCUGGAUGGAAUCACGAGACAAUCGCAUGGUGCAAACAUGAGGCUGAACGCCAAAAAUUAAAAGAGCAAGAUUACUGGGGUGGUUUGGUAUUAGAUGAGAUGAAAAUCCAGAUAAACACGAGUGUGAAUGUAUGUGAACGCCGAAGUUCAUUAGUAUUUGAUUAAGAACGAUUAGGACACAUGCCAUAUGACUUCUAGAAUUAGCUUCGCGCAUAUCUUUAUGAAAUGUUUAUUGUGUACAGGAGGAUUUACAGAUGACUGUAAAAGGCGGACGCCAUCAGUUAACAGGAAUGGUCUCUCUUGGACAUUUCCACGACGCAAUGGAAAAUAUAAAAUCUGGUAAGAAAAUUACCAUGCUUCUCAUGAAGAACAUAACAUCAAGAUUAUAUCAUGUACUAUUUCUGUUUAGGUCAGUCAUCUGUAGAUCUAGCAACACACCUUCUACAAUUUAUCUUCCUCAGCGACUGCGGUUUUCGAUUUCCAUUAGCACAUUUUCCUACGAAACAAUGUCCACCCUCUACAUUGUAUCUGCAGUUUUGGGAAGGUAUAAUGCAAAUGAAAAGAGCUGGUUUUACGUAAGUUUCCUAAAUGACAAAAUAGUUCAUUGCAUUUCGGUUUCCCUAUAAUAAGCAUGUAUUCGUCUCAAUUUUUCUAGUAUUUAUCAUGCAAUUUGUGACGGUGGAGAUCCGAAUCGUCAGUUUAUCAACAUCCAUUUCCCAGACGCUAAUCCACGAGAGCUGCAUUUCACUGGAUGCAAUAUCUUGACAGAAGAUCCAAUGAUAUUUAUAAUGGAUUGCAAGGUAUUUUUUACUAAAGUAUAUUAGGCUACUGUGUUACUCUAGUAUAGUGAAGGUUGAUGUUGAGAGUUAUGCAGAGAUUUUAGAUGAAAAAAUAAUUAUUGUAUUGAUGUGAUACAUGAAGUAACCGAUUUUUUAUUAAAAUUAUUUAAUAUUUUUUCGCGCAAUGUAGCACAACGUUAAGAAGCUGAGAAAUAACAUCGAGAAAAGCUCACCUCGAGGUAAAAGGCAACUUGAAAAGGAUGGCAAGAAAAUCCUGUGGUCUCAUUGGGAAGAAGCUUAUUGUUGGGACCAAAGCAACAAUUCUUGCCCCAUUCAUGAAAGAUUAAAAAAAGAUCAUUUCCACCUUACCCCAAGCUCCAGAAUGAGGAAUGCACUGGCAGAGGAUGUCCUGGAUAAGCGUUAUUGA